UCAGUCAGUGCAUAUACUGUCUCUUAGGUGAGAGGGUGUGUGAGUGCCCCCCGCAGGCAGAGGCCGAAAAUGAGACUAUUACUAAUAACGUUCGUUAAUUGUGCCAUACUGGCAUCUACGUACGCCGCCGGAUAUGUCGAGGGACGGGUUGGAUUCCGGAGCGGCGUCUCAGGUGGCGAAGCGGGACCGAGGUUCGAACCCCAGGUGGCAAUGAUGUGUAUUGGGCGGUCGCAGUAUCAUGCCCAAUACAUGUCAGAGACUGGCAGAUGGGUCACUGAUAGCAACUCCAAAGUCACGUGCUUGAAGGAUAAGGUUGAUAUCCUACGAUACUGCAAACAGGUUUAUCCAGAGCGGGAUAUUACCAACAUUGUUGAAUCUUCGCAUUACUACAGGGUACCCAACUUCUGCCGCGUGGGUCACGUGAAAUGCAAAACUUCUGCCUGGGUCAAACCAUACAGAUGUCUUGAAGGAUCAUUCCAGUCAGAUGCCCUUCUUGUACCUGAAGGAUGUUUGUUUGACCACAUCCACAACCAGUCUAGAUGCUGGGAGUUUGAUCGCUGGAACACUACUGCAGACCGUGCUUGUGGUGCCCGUAGAAUGACACUGAAAUCCUUUGCAAUGCUCUUGCCAUGUGGCAUUGAUGUUUUCUCUGGUGUAGAAUUUGUCUGCUGCCCCAAGAACUACAAAGGACAUGGAAAGGCUCACCCCAUGGAAGUAGAGGAACCAGUUGCACUGCCCCAAAUGGACCAUCGGGUACACCAGUCUGCAUCUACAACACCCUCACCUAAGGUUCCCACAACUACAACAUCACAGGAGGUAGGCACACGGGAUGAAUAUUUCAGCCGAUUUGAUCCACAUGAAGAACAUGAUGCUUUCCGCCGAGCAGAACAGAGACUGGAAGAACGUCAUCGUGAGAAGGUUUCAAAGAUCAUGAAGGAAUGGUCCGACCUCGAAGAGCGCUAUCAGGACCUCCGUGCUAAGGACCCACGAGGUGCCGAGGAGUUUAAGCAUCGCAUGACUCAAAGAUUUCAACAGACUGUUGAAGCAGUUGAGGCAGAAAAUGAGGCGGAGAGACAUCAGCUGACAGCCCUCCAUCAGCAGAGAAUUGUUGCUCACAUUAAUGAAAUGAAGAGAGAAGCCAUGACAUGCUACACACGAGCUCUUGCGGAAAAACAACCAAAUACGCACAAGGUUCAAAAAUGCCUCCAGAAACUUCUCCGUGCUCUGAACAAAGACCGUCAUCACACAGUCUCUCAUUACAAGCAUCUGCUUAACUCGGACUAUGAAGCAGCAGACAGGGAACGAGAUGCAACUCUGCAACAUCUGAGUGACUUGGAGCGCAUGGUUAACCAGUCCCUCAAUAUGCUAUCAAGGCAUCCAGAUCUCAAUGCCAAGAUUGGUCGUUUGAUGCGUGAAUAUUCUGCAGCCCUGCGAAGUAAGGACUCUACUCCUCCUGAGCUUUCUACUCAUGCCCCAGUUCCUCUGCCAAGUGUAACCAAGGCUGAAGAUGGAAGUUUAGAGAGUGCUAAUGAUUCAACUGAAGGUGGUGACAUAAGUGACGAUGAUGAGGAUGAAGGGGAGACUGUUAGCACAGACCAGAACAGGAAUCUCAAUGAUGAGGAGGAGGAUGAUGAUGAUGACGAAGAUGAUGAUGAUGACGAUGACGACAGAAAUGAGUCAGGAUCUGACGAAGAAACCUUCCCAGAGCAUGCAGAGCCAAAUGGUAUGACCCAAACAAGUCAUGCUGAGGCACUGGAGAGCAAUGCUGAGGAAGUUGUGAGCCAAGAUCCAGUGGAGGUUGACACACUCACUGUUGAUGGAAUGGUUAGAGAGGCCUCUCCUGUUCCCAAUGCCUCCACUCCACCUGAGCCAUUGUUGUUACACCAUGCUGAUGAUGUACAAGUGGCUCAUGCUCAGCACCACCAGAUUUCUCACUCACAAGCUAGUUACAGUGUGACCCGUGAAUCAUCUGGGAGUGAAAGUCGCGGAGUUUAUUUCACUGUAGCAUUUGCUGGAGUGGCAUUAAUGAUGGCCAUGGUUGUUGGCAUUGUUGUACUACGGCGAAGAAAUAGCACAAAUCCCCAUAACCAGGGCUUCAUGGAAGUCGACCAGGCCAUCACCCCGGAGGAAAGGCAUGUAGCCAAUAUGCAGGUAAAUGGGUAUGAAAACCCAACAUAUAAGUACUUUGAAGAAAAGUAAAAUAAGAUUUAAAAAAUGAAAAAUGAAAAAAUACUCUCCACAGUGGGAAAAUUUAAUGAUGCCAUGAUCUCUUUUUAUCUCUAUUCCAUCGCAAAUAAAAAGUGAAUGGGGGAGUCCCCUUUUCCUUAUCAGACACCUGUCAAUCAGAACUAUUUGGACUUGGAACUCGAAACUUGUAAUUAUCAACUCAUGACUUUUGUAUAGGGAAUAUACAAGAUAAUUGGUUGAAGAGAUCAAAUUAGUUGGGGCUUAACAGGUGCUGAUAAUUUUGUACUCAUUCUUUUCUGGAUCAUGCAUUGCUGGUGGUACCUUGUACUGAGGGAAAUAAUAAAGUAAUUAUCAUCUAACUAUAUCACAUAAAACUUUUUUGAAAUCUAGAAUAGAUUGAUGCUACAUACAUUAUUUUUCAGUCAUGAUUUUGGAUUGUAAAUAUUCUGAAUGCAGUGAAUUAAGAUUUUUUUUGGUCAGUUUUUUUAAGCUUACUAUGGCAUGCUAGUGAAAGCAGUUCUUGAUUCAGAAAUGAACAUUUUAAAAUUUGUGGAACUCCAGCCUUAUGUCAGAUUUUAUUAGCCUGCAUAUGAAUACACCAUUGUAUCCAUCACCGAGGAUGUUUUUCAACCAUUUGUAAUUAUCUGAAGAAGUUAAAUUUUAAUGGGAAAAAAAUAUGCGAAGGUAUAUUUGCGGUGGUGUACAUAACGACAUAAAACUUUAUAAGGAGUCUUGGUUCAUUUUCAUGAUAAUUGUACAUGUGGUUAAUCAUGUCCUUACUGAUAAAAAGCCUUGGUGUAGUUUUCAACAUAAGUGAUGCAUCAUGUCCAACAUAACUAGGAUAUAAACAAUUUUAAGAUAGAAAAGUUAUAGGUUUUUUCAUGCUUUCAUGGAACAUUAAAUAUAAAUCUUGCAAAAUAAUAUUGGCCACUUAUGUUGUAAAUUAUUAUUAUUAUGAACUUGUAACAGUAUCAGUGUUUCUAGUCAAAAGGAUUUAUUUUGAAUCUCAUUUGUCUUGCGGAACCUUAUUAUUUUUCUUGUAUUGGGGAGAUCUAUCAUAAUUAUUGAAUAUUUGCAAAACUUAUUUGUUGUGUUCACUGGCCAGUUAUGUUAAGGAGUAGUGUUGUAUAGGUAGUCAUGGCCAUCUGUUAUGUAGGUUUACUUUUGUCCUGAGUCACUGAUAAUGUUGCGUUUAACGGGUUGAUUGACAGGCCAGAAAAUCCCUAGGAAUAAAAGAAAAGGGCAUUUUAGCCGUGUCAUCAAGAACUGAGUGGCCUCAUAACAUUAUUUUUGCGCAGUCAAGUAAAUUUUACCUUCUACCAAAUAGGACAAUAUUAUAUUUUUGCCAUUAUCCACUUUAUCAAGGUGCGGUUUAGAUAUUCUUUUGUUGAGACGUUUCGGAUAGACUUUUAGAUCUGUAAAGAUUUUUUUUACAUAUACAUAUAAAUAUAUACAAUAUAUUUUUGAUCCAUUAUUUAGUUUUAUGUAUGGCUAUUUGUCUCCCAAUUGGCCUUUUCUAAGUGAUGAAUUUCAUGCUCCCCACGUGAUUUGAUUUAUUGAAGAAAUAUUCACAAAUCUUGCAUACUCUUCAUAAGGUUUAUAUUAUGAAGGGGAACUUCUAUAGCCUCAUGAGGCUAGACUUUUUUAAACAAAGGCUUUUAAGGGUAACAAAUUAGCAAUAGCUUAAAAGUCUUUUUUUAUGUGACAAAGGCUUUCGUCAUUGGAGAACAAAUACCCAGCUCUUAGUAAUAUUCUUCGUAUAUAAUAUAUAUAUGUACGUACAUGUAAGUGUUGCCGUACGUACAUAUGAGUGUUGCUGCUUGCCUUCAGUAAGCUGUUGUGCAAAUAUACACACACAAACACAUAUACAAAUAUUUCUUAACUUCUGCUUGUGCUUUUUCUCUGAAUUAGCCAAAGCAGUCUGGAGACAUGGCAUAGGUUGUAAUAAGGUGUAGUUAUAUUCCAAGUGGCCCAAACUAUUAAUGGAAAAAGGCAGUUUCUUAGUUUGAUGGAGGACUAGCUUCAAUUAAGUGAGGCUUUAUGUACCAUAUAAAGUGCUGUUUUGAUUAGUCAAUAGUCCAGGUUUUAUUUUUGUUAUGACAAAGUUUUUUCUUGCGUCCUCGUUCAACCCAAAAAGCCAAUUCCUUUGGAAUCCGGGAAUUAGUGAUCACCUAAAGUACUUUAUCCUUAAUAUACCUCCAUAUGCCAUUACUUAUGCUGUAUUUCUGAUUUAUCAUUCCUUUUUUUGUUGUGAUAUUUCUCUUGACAACAGAACAAUUCUGAAGGUUACAUUCCCUCAUUUGUCAUUUCAAUACUCUGUUCCAUGAUGUAUAUGCGAUCUAGUUUGUCGUUCACUCACCUAGAGGCAGUACAUAAAAGCUAACCCAGCCACUCACAACAUAUACAUUAGAUAUAUAUAUAUAUAUUAAAGCAUGUACAUAUGAGUGGUGCCGGGUUUUGUCCUAUCAUAGAGCUGUAUCAUUUUAUACUGCGUGACUUUUUCUGUAAUACAGAUUUCCCACAGUCGUUUUAAUACAGUAAAUUGUUUAAUUUAUAUAGUGCCAAUAGAAGGGUUCUAGAUUUUUUAUCCUUAAUUGUUUUUUUUAUUGAUUUUGUCUAAUUUAAAAUUAUAUUUUCAUGUAGUAGUGUAAAGUAUGUUUUAUUAGCAAUUUUUGUUAAGUUGCUAGUUAAUUGACCGACUCUAUUUACAUUCCUGUUUGCCUUAUUUUACUUUGCUCAUAGCUGAGGAGAAAUCGUCAAUGUAGAACUUACUUGCUAGGCUGUAAAGUGGAGUCACAAUUAGGUAUAGUAUCAACAUUUAUUGUGAAUGAAAGUCAAUGACUCCUUGUGGAAGUCAUUCAAGUGUGUAAAAACUGGAUUGAGUAGCUACAGAAGCUGCCAGGUAUAUCAAGUGUUGAGCCACAUAUCAUGUAAGGUGGAAAUCACGGCAUCUACAAUAUGCGCUAUUGGAUUCAUUCAGUGUCACAAACUAUUUGAACAAGCAGGAAGUAAGCUGUACUUAGUUUGACCGUAGAAUUAAGCAAGCAAAUCCUAACUCAAAUUUGUCUGAUAACCAAAUAAUUAACUUACAUGGAAUGUGUCUUUAGUGUUCUCUAACCACUAUAGCUUAAGAGUCUGUAUGUUUCACACACUAGCAGGUUAAGUGGUUUCUCUGCCUCUCAUCUCCCAGAAGUAGCAAAUAUAACAAUGAUUGAUAGUGAACAGGUGGUAGUUUGUUGGCCACCAAUGUAUUAGGCAGCUAUUUUUGGUCUCCAUGGAUCUCUUUAGGUAAUGAUUGCUCAAAAUUAGCACAGCUAAUCAAAUUGUAUGUUAUUUAUUGAGAACUGUAAAAAUAAGUCAUACUAUGGGAGUUGAGGAUGUACUUGAUCUGAAAUAAAUGUUCCAAAAAAAUGGUAAA